GUCAUGUUCUCAGCUCAAAAUGCAUGUCGUUACCUGGCUGAUGAUGAUGAACCUCAGCGGUGUGUUUCCUUAUGAGGUGAUGGUGAAAAGCGCUGACUUGACAAAAUGCAAAGAUGAUGAGACAGUGUGUGUCUCCGACGUCAGAGACUGUGGUCGUCCACCAUCAGCAUCUGUACAAACACAGACUCUGAACAUGUCAUGUUACUACCAGAUAUCACAGAGCUCCAUGACAUGUGAGCUGAGUUUGGGCUCAUACACUUUUACUGAGCCAGACAUUUCACUCAUCUUCAACAGUAAGUCUAAAGUCAUCUACUGUCCCGGCCUCUUCCUCCCAGUAGCCGUCCUUAACAUCACAGCUCGGGUCAGAGAGAGCUACAUGAAGGGCACUGAUAUCAGAUCCCAGCCUCAUACUGUGUACCUUUAUGAUGCAGUCAAACCCUCUCAGCCUGUCUUGUCUGUCCUCAACUCCACUGACGACUCUGUUGUUGUGUUUUGGACAAACACACAACAACAAGUCAGCAGCUGCCGACUUCGCUACCGAGUCAACAGCAGCCACGUUUGGUCUAAGCCUCCAGACUUUGUUCCUGUAUAUCAGGAUCAGAAGUUGGUUUACACCAUCAAAGACCUCCUGCCGUUCACCAUCUACACAGCUGCUGUAGCGUGUAGGGGAGGUACCUGGAGCGACUGGAGCCGUGACAUCAACGUGAGAACACUGGACAGAGUGCCCUCCACUUCUCCUCAGGUGUGUUACAGAGUAGAGAAAACAGACUCUGGAUCUGUUCUCCUUCAUCUCAUGUGGAAGGAUCUUAACUUCCACGAGGCUGGUGGUCGUGUCCUGGGUUACCAGGUGACCUACGAGCCAAUGAAAAAGAUACUUAACGUCACAGAGGUGAUGGCACUCCUGGUGGUGGAGGAGGGUGACUGCACUGUCACUGUUAAAGCUUUCAAUGCGGCAGGUUAUGGACCAGUGGCACAUCUCAGCGUUAGCACACAAAGACAGAAGUCUCUUCCUUCUGUCACAAAGUUGUGGAUUUCAAGUUUUUUACCAGUGGACAAAGGUCUUGUGCUGCAGUGGAAGUUCCCAUCUACCCCAUCCAUCACUGAUGUUAUUGUUCUGUGGCACUCUGAGAUGCAUCCCUCCACCAGACACACACACUGGGCCACAGUGGAUGCCUACAACACCUCCAUUGUCCUUCACGAUUUUGACCCUGAGGAGUCCUACCUGAUCAGUGUGUUCACUGUGCACCAGCAGCAGUGUGGAGCUCCUCAGUCUCUGCCUGCAAGUCUGCAGCAGGGAGCUCUGAUGGAGGCCGACAGACUGAAGGUUGCUGCUGUGACCAAAACAUCUGUGACAAUUAAGUGGGUGUGGCAGAGGAAGUCCAGACCAAACCAAGUGAGCAGAUACAGAGUGAUGCUGACAAAAACCUCACACGGACAAAAGAACACUCAAGUUGUGUCUCUCUGGCCGGAGGAGCAGCAGCACACUUUCACCAACCUGUCACCCGACACAGAGUAUUCUCUUCAUCUAUUGGCUGAUAAUGAUUCCACGAACAUUGUCUCUGUCAGGACAGAGUUUGACAACGUCACAGUGGUGGUCACAGCUGCAACUCUGCUGCUGCUCGUUAUCACUGUGUUAAUCAUCUGCAUCCUGUCCAGGACUGUGUGCAAGUCAUACUUCUUCCCUGUAAUCUCCAGCCCUCGUGGCAGCACAUCAGGACAGUGGCUGACGGACCCAAACAAACACCAACAAAUUUCUUCAGAGAGAAACAUUCUGGAUAUAAAACACUUUCAGGUGACAGAGCAAAGUGUCUUUGUGGUCGGACCAAACUUGGGCCAAACUCUUUCAUCAGAACUACAAGAAGAUGGUCUUCUGCAGCCACUUGGACACCUCUUCAACAAACUGGAAUCUGACUAUGUAAGUGAAACACAGUGUGAUCAUCCCAACCGUGUGGUGAACCGCCUCCUCACAUCUGAGGAGAGAGAGGUCAACAUUUCUCUGCUGCCUCAGACACAUGAAGAUAACAAGUGGUUCUCUCAAGUCAACCCCCACACGUCACAUCAGACCACGGCCCCAUGUGUUGUUCAUGAGCUUCUGGCUGACACCGAUAGUCCCCAUGUUUAUCAGAUCACCUGUGAUGCAGAGUAUUUAGUAAACUCGUCAUUCCCGGAGAACCCUGACCCUAAAAGAGAGAGCACACAGGCAAAGUCUAAUUAUUUGAUCUGUGAAGCAGACUAUAUCACUAACGGCUGCUUUACUCCUGAAACUGGAGGAGAAGAAGAUGGAGCUAAUAACAUUGGUAUCGCAUGCUAGGCCAAAGGCUUAUUUAGAAAAUAAGACCCAACAGCAUUUCUUACACAGCAGGAAGGUAAAAAGCUGGAUGGAGGAAAUACUGUAGAUACAAAUGUUUGUGCUGUGUGUGAAGGAGUUAUCUGAUAAUAUAGUGUUUAGAGUGAAGUGCUUAUGAUGCUCACAUGAGUAUGAGUACAGAAAACCCACACAUAUAUGCUUUGGCUUGUGCUAGUGUGAGCAUGAACUGUGUCUAAUAGGUUCAAUCAAGUAUUUUUAAAAUCUACCAGGUAAAAACGUCCCUACUCACUUUCUAUGAAGUAAAUGUUUUGUCUCUAAUGUUUGAGAAAAAAAUGUCUUGAAUUUUUGAAUUCUGGGAAGAAAACGUUUGAAUUUACAAACAAAACUUUUGAACUGGCAAAAAAUAAAUGAUUGCAAACGAUUGUUUUUGCUUUCAAAUCCAUUCUGUUUUGGUGCACAUUAAAAACACAAAAACACAAAACACA